AUGUUCAGCUACACACCCGGCAAGGCAAACGCGCAGACCCACUCGGGACUUUUCGCGGGUGGGUCGAUGUCCGACCUCGACGUCGCUCUAGAGCAGAAGCUGCUGGAGAUCGACAACUCUAGGAAGGGAGAGCGGUUUGCUUCCGGACAGCCCCGUCACUGGGACCUCGUCGCCGAGAUGCGCCCGCAAGACUCUUCCAAGCUUCGCCUUGGUCGGGACAGCCCGACCCGUUCGCCUCCGCAGAAGGUCAGAGGAGCUGAGAGCAGAGGAGCCUUGAGGUUUGCGACCAGCCGAACGCCUGAGGAGGGUCGGCAGAAGCGAGUCACCAUCUCGUACCCCGAGCAGGACAGGGAUGCUCAGCAGUCAGCACUUGCGAUCGAAAGGUUUCUCAAGUCCAUCGGCAUCGGCGACAUCUGGAUCCGGGGACACUCUGAGGCGAAGCUGCUGGACGCUGACCCAGCCUUCCACAACUUCCAAGACCUCAAGCACGUGCAGACUUGCGAUCUCUUCCUGACUGUCGUCAACCAUGCAUGGCAGCUGGACGCGCGAUGCGUUCAGGAGCUGGAGCUUGCCAGGAAGAUGCACUACACCUCUCUCGAGCGGAACUUCACCAGGCCCGGCCACCCUCGUCGACCUCAUAUCGUCGCACUGCUGCUGGGCGUGUCCGAGUCUCAGCUCCCCGAGCUGUCGAACAUGACGCUGGUGAGCAAGUUGACUUCUGCUGAGGAGCUGAGAAACGGGCAGGAGGUUACAAGUGACUUUGACUCAGGGCUGAAGUCGGAGGAUGACGAGGAUUGGAGUGUGGCAGCCCUGGAGACUUUCAGGGAACUUGCGUCAAUCAUGCUGAGCGCAGACAUUCUGAGCAGUAGCGAGCAUCUCAGCAUCGAAACAAGAUUGUUUGGAGGCUCGGCUGAAAAGAGCGAAACUUCCAACAUGUGUGAGCAGGCGGCUCGAGCUGAGAAAGCUCUUGCGGACGCUCUUGCCAGUGUCUCCCUCCUCUCUCAAGCUCUCGCUGCCGUCACCGACGCUCGGGGCCUCAACGGCUCAGCUGCUGCUGCUGCUGCUGCUGCUGCUGCUACCAGGAAGCUCGAGCGGGCAAGAGGUAUCGACCCUCCAGGCGCCUCCAGCAUGCCGUUCGCCUCCAUGAUGUCACCUCGCUACCUAGGAACUCUUGUGCACACGAUGGGAGGGAGGAUGGUCUGGUCUCUUGACAUCUCCUUUGACAACCUCGUGGACCCGCUGCAAGUUGAGGCGACGGUAAGAGAGAAAUUCAAUUUCUUUCCCAACAUUGCCAACCCCGACGAAUCGACAGCCUACUGGACCCGGUGGUGUAACGUGAGGAUCGGACAUCAGGCGGUUGAGAUGAUCAAGUGCAACUUCGAUCCCGUCCAAGGUCUCAUCAUAGCCGAGGGAGUUCAGGCAGGAGCGCAUGCCUUACUCUCCUCGUCUUGA